AUGGCUCCAGCCGAUGCCCUUCGUCAGGAUAAUAUCCUCGAUCUUGCCGUGAGAGCUAUCCAGUCCGCGGGGGAUAGACAGCCGAGUCUCAAAACAUCAUAUGAGGCCGUGGCUCUGAUCGGCCAUGCAUGCAUGGUAGCAGUUGAUUUCAGAUUGAUCGGUCUUGGUGAAGAGCACACUUUAGAAACAUCUACAGAUACACCUUCCCUCCCCGCAGAAUGGAACACUAACGAUACAUUUGCCUUUCGGUACGCACAUGCGCAGUCUUCAAUGCAGUAUUUACUCAAAGUGAGUCGGCUGGGAAAUAACGCAGUGAUCUUCGCAUUGGCAUUGGGCGAUGACCGGACCAGCUCGUUCGACAUCCCCAUCAAAGACUACAUCUCCACCUCUGCGCUCCCUAUAUCCUCCUCAGACAAUCUCACUGCGUCUCUGCGAGAUGUUUUCAUCUCCCCAGCUCGACUAGGCGACCUGGUCGGUUUAUUCAAGAUCAACGUCAUCCAGAAACUCGCGCCCGGUUUGUACAAAGAGGGGUAUGAAGAUCCAAGCCAGUUAUCCAGAGCAAGACCACAAGAAGAAAGACAACCGGAUAUUCUUCGAGAUGGCUCCCUGCCACAGCCUGCUCGCCCACGCCCAUUUGAUGAUCCCUUGGCGGCAGCUCCUCGCCGCUCCAACCCACCAGACUUUGCUCCACCCGGGUUCGAAGAUGAGCUUGAGAUCAAUAGGCCUCUACGAGGAUAUCCAGGACGACUUGAAGGCAGAAGCCCGUACAACAUUGGAGAACGAGAUCUCUACCCACCAGGACUUGGUCCUAAUGAUCCUUUGCGCGGACCUAUGGGCCCUGGCUUUGGUCCAGGUGGCGGGGGUAUGCAUCCUACCUUUGAUGACCCUCUCUUCAACGGGGGAGGAGCUGGUAAUGAUGGAUAUGACCCCCGUGUACCUCCAGGUGCAAGAUAUGAUCCCGUAGGACCUGGUGAACCACCUGUUGGUCGUAAUCGAGGACCGUUCGGUAGUAAUGGACGAGGCGGGGGUGGAUUUGGUGGGUUUGGUGGGUUUGGUGGUGGAUUUGGUGGUGACAUUAUCUAA